GCUAGGUAUAUAAGCAUAGGAUGCCGCCAGUGUCAUCAUCAGUGACCCAGUGACUCAGUGCUGUGUUGUGUGCAACCACCUCCCAAGACCCUCUCAUCAAGAUGCAGACCUCAACCCUGGUACUCCUGGCUUGCCUGGUGGCGGCGGCGGUCGCCUGGCCCGCGCCAGCUGAUGAGGAUCAGAUCCUGGCCCAGGAGCUGGGAGACGCCCCGGCGCUGGAGCGGGGCGCGCGCCAGAAGAGGGGUCUGCUGCUGCUGAAGAAGAAGCUGCUCUUGGGAGCUCUGGGGCUGAAGGCCGCGAAGGUGGGCGCGGUGGGCGGCGCGGUGGCGGGCGCCGCGCUGGCCGCCAAGAAGAGUCACCCGCCCAAGGCCAAGAUCGUCUCGCUGCCCUACAACAGCUACGGCCACAGCAGUCACGGACCAUCAUGGAACGUAGAAGUACAUAGCUGGCACUAAGUUUGGUGGCUCCAGUUUUCUGACGUCGCGUCUCGCGCACCGCAGUAUAACUUCGAGCAUCGUUCAAUAGAAGUCUUUUAAGGAAUUGUUAUGUUUAUGUACUAACGUCUGUAGUCACCAGUGUGUUUUAGUAGUCACAACUUUGUAAAUAUUGCUGUUAGAAGCCUACAGGCGGCAGAUUCCGUGACUCCCUGACUAUUUCUGGAAGGUGUGAUACUUGCUAAGCCGUCUAAGGUAGUAUAAAGUUCCCCGAACAAGUUGUAUUUUCGUGUCGAUGUUGCGUGCGACACGCUCGCCGACCCAAUCUGCGAAAUGAUACAACUUGUAAUGUUAUUACAGUGGAUGCGCUUGAUAUAAUCUCUAGUUAUAUGACCGGGACCGGCCCAGUUUGUUCUACACCAUCUUGAUAACUGCUUUUUAUUUAGUCAAUCAUUAUUGUGAGACAUAGAGGUUAUUAUUGUAGCAAGUAUGACAUGUUUUGGAAAGUAUGUAUGUAUGUAGCUCCUCGUCUUUUAGUGAUGUACUUGCAAAUAUGCUCAUAUAUGUGAUCUAUUAUUCACGAAUCUGUCGAUUGUAAGUGACACCUAGGUUACAAAAUAUACUAAGACUUAGAUCUACAUGACGUCACGUAGCAUUUAAGUUUAGUUCUGAUUGUUAUAAUAUUUAUAACAAGUCGUGCCUUAAUAGUUCGUACUUUUUUGUUAAAUAAAUGACUGUUUUUGUAUA